UUUUUUUUAAUUUUUUAUUAUUAUAUUAUUAUAUACUUUCUCUACGUAAUGAACUGAAAAGGUUACAUUUUCUCGUCGGUGUUAGCUUGUUAGUUUCUGUGUCGCUGAGCAGCUAACGUUACAUUCAUUGUGUUGCGGUCUGACGUGAAAAACAAGUCACUCUUCGACCGCUCGAAAUCCAUAUUCUUCAUGAAAGAAGUUUGUACAUUAAGAUGACUUUCACCCGCUGUAGCGCCUCAUCGCGGAGGUGCAGUAACUGAACUACUAGUUACUGUGUUGUGAACUCUGUCUGUGUUCACCUCAAGGGAAGGCACCUGAUCGAAGGGUAGCUGGAUGUGGCAUUGAACACAGGACCUUCAGGCUGUUGGACACAAUUUCAAAGCGCUCAAAUCACUGAACUGCCAGCCCAGCUCGCAUUUCCCAUGUGGGAAUUUAAGUGUUCCUUAACCGGUUUUUACUCCUCCCUGCAGUAUGUUUGUGAAAAUCUGCAGGAAUCUACGACUGCCGGGGCUUCUGGACAAGGCGUGUGUCCGUGUGUGCGCAUGGGAGAGUCCACUGGGACGUGUCGUCACUCCGCCACCCCGAUCCCCUCGCCUACGGGGGAUGUCCCUGCCUUGUGUCUUCAACGCAAGCCAUCACUGCUCUGCCGCGAACCUUCAUAGCUGGAAUUUGGACCAUUUUGCAACCAACCAUCAAAGACAAAGCAAACAUUUUUGGGGAACGGGACCCAAAAUCCUUCCUAUAAACAACUGGACUUUCCCAUCCAUUGCGGAGAAGCGGUUCCAGUCUUCAACGGUCACCUUGACAGUGAAGAAACAUGGUGCAAUGCCGGCGAAGCGGCCUCCGAAGGGACCCAGGACCAAACAGCCGUCGCGGGCCAACUUGCCGCCCCAGGAGGACGAAGCCAAGGAAGUGAUGCAGUGUGUGGCAUAUGCAACCGCUGACCACUAUGUCCUUCCAUCACUCUGCCAAGACCUGGUGGCCCAGGGAUUCUCUGAGAUUAAAGACCUGCCCAGAGAUGCUGCCAACGUCCUGGUCAUUGGAACAGAUAAGGCCUCAAAGCCCUAUGACCAGCCCCUGAUGUUUUUCUUCAGGGAGGGUGCCGUUGUCUUCUGGAAUGUGGAGGAGCAGAUGAUGAAGCAUGUGAUGAGAGUCCUGGAGCAGCAUGAGAUCCAGCCGUACGAGGUGGCUCUGGUGCACUGGGAGAACGAAGAGAUCAACUACACCCUGGGGGAGGGAGACUCGAAGCUGCACCAGGGUAGCUUCUUGCUGAACGGCGAGCUUGAUCAGGACUUGGCUGUGCUGGAGAAGUUUGCCUUCUCCAAUGCACUCUCACUUUCAGUGAAGCUGGCAAUAUGGGAGGUGUCCUUGGAUAACUUUGUAGACUCCAUUCAGUCCAUUCCUGAGAUGCUGAAGUCUGGGAAAAGGGUGAAACUGUCCCGAGCAGAGGUCAUGCAGAAAAUCGGAGAGCUCUUUGCCCUGAGACACCGCAUCAAUCUAAGCUCUGAUCUGCUCAUCACGCCAGACUUUUACUGGGACAGAGAGAACCUGGAACAGCUGUACGAUAAGACAUGCCAGUUUCUCAGCAUCAACCGCAGAGUCAAGGUCAUGAACGAGAAGCUGCAGCAUUGCACAGAGCUGACGGACCUCAUGAGGAACCACCUGAGUGAGAAGCAUGGCUUGCGGCUCGAGUGGAUGAUCGUCAUCCUCAUCACCAUUGAGGUGAUGUUCGAACUUGCCAGGGUCAUCUUCUGAUGGAAUCCCAGCCUACGGACACCGUUUCUCUGAGCGGCAGCUAAAAUGCGGAGCACUUUGGGUAAAUCCCUCAAGUGCAAGGAGUGGUGUAAGAAGGAGAGCUAAAGUGUGUCCUGCAAACACAAAUGUGGAAGUGGACACUUGUGUGCCAGAAGCGCUUUGGUUGAAGACUCAGCCCCUUUUGAAGAACACUCCCCUUUGCUGUGGGGAGGGUCUCCCCAAAGCAUCCUCCUCUUUUUGCUGGCUCCUCCUCCCUUCCUCGGGGACUUCUGUGUAGAAUCUUGCUGCGGUAGUAAUUCAGAAGGUGGAAAAGAUGGAUUUUUUUAUUAUUAUUCACUGACAGUGGCUAAGCAACAUGAUUUCCCCCCCCAAGCAAGCAUUCUGACAGCGGUGUCCUCCAACUAGUACAGGCAGGUGACUGAGGCCCUGGGGGGUCUUUAAAACAAUCAGCGCUUAAAACCUGAUUAUUUGAUCCCAUUUCUGAGAAGUUACCGGUGCUGAUACGGAGCUCCCAGAAGCAUCGUAACCCGUAUAAAAACAGUUUCCGAAGUGCUGCAGGACAGACCUCAAAUCAGCGACACGUUUGUUGGUUACAAUUAAAGUUAAUUAAAAGGAAUCAAAUAUUAUAAACUGUAUGGUCCUCUUGUAAUGAUAUUGCAAUUGUUUUCAGACGUAGUCUGUUAUAAUUGUAGGUGUUGGGUAUUUUUCCAGCCCUGCGGCCCACAUUUCUCCUCUCAUGAGGGCUUGUUUCUGAGGGUUAAUUCUAUGUUUUAAUAAUGAAAAUGUUUAAAUUGCUCUGAACCCUUGAGUGAGGAAUCAUUCCAACAGAUGAUGAAUCAGUUUUACAGUAAAAGUGUAACAAAAGUUUUACAAUAAAAGUGAAACACUUUUGAAGU